AUGGAAAAACAGCUACCAGAUACCAAGCUAUACGAGUCUCUGGUGGAGACAAAAUCAUUGGAACAGCUGCGAAACAACGCAGAUUCUCUACUCUCGACCAUCAAGCUAUUUGACAUGUAUCCUACCACCGAUCCCAUCUGCUACGAUCACCUUAACUCCCUGGUGCCCGUUUUCAGCGCACGCUCACCAGGAUCUAUCAUGCUGAUAGGCUCAGAGGUGGACUUUGGCUACUCGCUGAUCUACCUCGGAAACUUGCUCCGUAAAACAGAUAUCCCCUUUGUGCUCCACGGAUUUUUCGAUUACUUUUCUCUCACCGAGGAUACCCGAAAAUUGGUGCAAUAUUUAGUCGAUCUAUCCGGGAUAUCGCAAAUCAAGGUCCAUUUUGCAAAAGACCUCGAGGACUAUCUCAUCUACCAUCCGGUCGACACAGACUGGAUACUUGUGAAUCAUAUCUCUCCACAGAGGGACCUCACAAUAUUGAGAACGAUGGAAUCGGUAAGCCUUGUACAGCCGGGAACCGUGGUUGCGAGAGUGAACUGUCCGGCUGAAUGCCGCGACAAGUUCUACGAGUAUCUUCUGGGAGCCCCCGUGUAUAAGCGGACUUUGAACGAGCACAUAGGGGGUCGCAAACAGGGCAGAUGGAAUCUGGUUUACGAAAAAAUCUCCAACACUUAUGACAAAUACGACCCUAUCCUCACAGUAUGUGUGGACCUUUUAAAUGCAUAA